GAAGAAAAUAAAAUGAGAUACUAGAAGUGUAUGUAUUAAAAACAAAAAUAACACCCCUCCAUUUACACGCACUCACACAGAGACACAAACAAAGAAAAACUCUCAUCGGUUUUUUUUUUCUCUCUCCGACCUGAAAGAAAAAAAACAGUUGUAUUCUAUUCUAUUUUUUUCAGGAAUGAAUCAAAGUCUUUUUCUGCAGACCCCAAUCAUAUUGAUCCGCUUUUUCCGAUGACCGAUGUUUUCACCAUUUCUCUUUCUUCCACCACCACCGCCUCCGCUUCCAGUAUCAGAGUUUGCUGAUUGAAUUGCCAGAGUGCAACCAAUGGUGGUAUAGACUUUAGAAUUCUGAAAGCAAAAGAAAUUGUCUGCGAGGCUGAGAAGACAGAUUUCAAUUCUUGUGGGAAUAUUGUUUUUCCGUUAAAGGGGGCCGAAGAAUGUUGUCCAAAGGUGAACAUCAGACGGUCCCGCUAUCAGUGCUCCUAAAACGCGAGUUAGCUAGUGAGAAGAUCGAAAGGCCCGAGCUCUCUCAUGGUCAGGCUAGCCAGAGUAAGAAAGGAGAGGACUUUACACUGCUCAAGACCGAAUGCCAGCGAGUUUUGGGCGAUGGAGUCACCACUUAUUCUGUUUUCGGGUUAUUUGAUGGACAUAAUGGAUCUGCAGCUGCCAUAUAUUCCAAAGAGAACCUCUUAAACAAUGUUCUGGGGGCUAUACCUGCAGACCUAAACCGAGAUGAGUGGGUCGCCGCCUUGCCUAGGGCAUUGGUUGCUGGGUUUGUUAAAACUGACAAGGAUUUCCAAGAAAGAGCCCAAACCUCCGGAACAACUGUCACCUUUGUAAUAAUUGAAGGAUGGGUUGUAACUGUUGCAUCAGUUGGCGAUUCUCGUUGUGUGCUUGAAUCAGCUGAAGGGGGAAUACAUUAUCUAUCUGCUGAUCACAGACUCGAUACCAAUGAGGAAGAGAGGGAGCGUAUCACCUCAAGUGGUGGUGAGGUUGGGCGACUUAAUACCGGUGGGGGUACAGAGAUUGGUCCUUUAAGAUGCUGGCCUGGUGGCUUAUGCCUCUCCCGAUCCAUUGGAGAUAUGGAUGUUGGCGAAUUUAUAGUUCCUGUUCCCUAUGUGAAGCAAGUAAAGUUGUCAUCAGCUGGUGGGAGGCUCAUUCUUUCAAGUGACGGUGUUUGGGAUGCCGUGUCUGCAGAAGUGGCUUUUGACUGUUGCCGGGGAAUGCCACCAGAUGCUGCAGCCUCACAGAUUGUCAAAGAAGCUUUACAAGUCAAAGGACUUCGAGAUGACACAACUUGCAUCGUUGUUGACAUAACACCACAAGAGAAGCCAAUGCCUGCCCCCAUCCCUCCUAAGAAGCAAGGCAAAGGAGUGUUCAAAUCUAUGUUCCGGAAAAAAUCACCAGAAUCUUCUUCUCAAGUUGAGAAAGAGGAGUUUAUUGAACCAGAUGUUGUUGAGGAAUUAUUCGAGGAAGGUUCUGCUUCUCUAGCUGAGAGGUUGGAUUCUAAGUAUCCAGUGUGCAAUAUGUUCAAGUUGUUCAUGUGUGCGGUUUGCCAAGUAGAAAUAAAGCCUGGAGAAGGUAUUUCAGUACAUGCAGGCUCAAAGAAUACAAAAAAAUUACGGCCUUGGGAUGGUCCUUUCCUUUGUUCAAGCUGCCAAGACAAAAAAGAAGCCAUGGAGGGUAAAAGACCUUCUGGUGGUACGUCACCUUUUUUCCCCAUACACCUCUAGACAGUCAUAUGUGAUGUAAUUGCAUAUUGAUCAUGUUUUUUUACUUUUUCUAGAUGGGAGAUACAGUAGCGGGAGUGACUAAUCAAUCUCUUGUAUUACAUGUCUAUAAGUUCAUCACUAACAAUUAUCGGUGAGCUGAUUAUAAUUGGGAGAAAGGCCAACAUCUUUGGUGGAAAUUUUCUCAAGUUCCCCUUGAAAAAUAGUGCGAGUAUGUGGAUCCUAUGUGAUAUAGCUAAAAGAUGGAGAAGAUCUUUUCUCUCAUGCCUCUGUCAUUCUAGGCCAGAGUAUAUGGUGACUUAAAACGCUAUGUAGGAUAGUUUCUUCUUUCUAACAAUGAUUUAUGCAUGGAGUUUGCCUUCCUCCAUCUGAAGAUGUACAAGGCGAUCGUAAUUCACAAGCACGUGGUGACAUAUUGGAGAUAAUUCAUUGACCGACGGAUAUAUUCUUCUUCUGUAUACUUGUUUUGCUUCCCAUAGAGCUAAAAAGAUUGGGGAAAGAGUUCUUUAGUAUAUGUCAUAUACAGAGGGUUUGAGUAGAAUUGUUAGAUUAAUUUAUUCAUUUAAUAUUAAUUUUCUCCUCGCAGAACACCAUUCCUAGUUCUGCUCCGAUGUUUCUUCAUGUAACAAUCAUUUUGUUCAUCCCUCCUGAAGAAAAAUAACACUGCAAUCAGAGAUUCUUUUUUUCUUCUUUUCUCCGCUGUCUGCAUCACAUUGUCUGAGAGCUUUGAAUAUUUAAUCAGACAUUAAGACAUUAACUGAUGAAUUGUCUGUUGCCCAGUUCAGUUGUUGCACUUACCCCGUUUUAAAUGUUACUAAACUGUCAUGCAUGGAGUCAAACAACAGUGCUUGAGGCGAUUUUGAGUGUUUCAGUUAACUGUGCUUGUUUAGGAUAAC